AUGGCAACAAAGGAGGCGGCGGCUCGACUCUCGACUCAAAGGAGAGGAGGAACUGAGCAGUCUGCUGACACAUUUGACGUUACCCCCCCUCCCCAAGUGCUUCCACCCCGAAGAAAGGGUUCGCCUCGUAGCAAUUCGGCUCUAAAAUGCGCUGGAAACGGGCCGGUUGGGAGAAAGAACGGCCUGGCGGCAGCACAGCGCAGUGCAAAGCAACGCAACGUCAGCGAAAUCGAUGGCGAUGGCGAGCUUCCCGGUAUGAUGGAUGGAACUCCGCUCUAG